AUGACCGCCAUCGUUCUCGCAAGAACGGACGCAGACCUGGGAGCGGAGUAUGGCGCCUACAUCACGAUCCUUGAAGGGAGAUACGACAAGGCGAGGGCUGAAAUGGCCGACCUGCUGUACAUACGGGAAAACGCAGUCGAGCAGUUGAAGCAGCACCGGGACCGGGCCAUGACUUGUCUACGCAUGUUCUACAAGCAUGCCCAAGACUACUUUAAUCAGUGCUUGGCUGUACGGUUUCCAACCUUCGCAGACGAGCUGAAUGCCGCUCAAGCGGAGGUAAAGGCUCUGGAGGAAGAAAUUGCCGAUAGAAACUCGCUAAUUGAGAGAUGUCUGAACGGCGCAAUGGACGAUUACAUCGAAGCUCUGUUGGAACGCGCUACGCGAGGCGAAAGUCCAGGCGGAAGGAACGACACAAGCCGUGAGUCUCUAUCGGCCGUGGACCGCACCGAAGAUGUUUGGGACGCUUUAUCAACUCCACCAGGUAGCUCCAACCUGCUGGAUGAAUUUGAAGAUGCGCGAGAGGCCCUGGAAGACUUGCAGAUACAGUCCGCGUGCGAGCUGGGGGAGAUGCGAAAGGAUGGUUUGCAAGUUUCGCACCUCAUUACAUUCUCCAAAUCCACUCCAGCGUUUCUAGCAGCUCGCAUAGAGACACGACGGCAGACUUUGCUCCAGGAGCUCGGUAGAGCGGAGCAGCGUUUCGAGACUUCGAGGAACAAUCUCCUUGCCUCGGGUCAAUCGGUUCCGCCGAGCACACCGCGACCACAGAAGGUGCCAACAGGAGGGGGUCUUGGCUCGCAGGCUCCAGGUAGCUCAGACCUGGCGAGUCGAGUGACGCAAUACAACGACAAGAUGCGGAAGAAGGGGAGAAGACUGAACAAGUGGCGGUUCAACACGCAGGGCGACGCACCAAGGUCCCAAGUCUCGGAGGCCCGAGUUGCGAAAAGCAACCGCUCCAGCCCGUCCCGCUCAGGCUUUGCCAGGUAUAAGAGUGGCUCAGAAUCAAUAAGUCCCCUGCGCAAGCAAAAGCUGGAUGAAUACAAGAAGGAGCAGGCUCGACUCAGGGGGGAGGCAUGA